GUCGUAUGCUUUGGAAGAAGCUUGUACAGUUUGGGAAGGGGUUUUGAUUGAUAAAAAAGAAGAAUCUACUUCAACCGAUAUGCCCUUAGGCACGGCCAUACAUAACAUAGAAAUCACACUUGGAAAGGGUGGACAAUUAGCUAGAGCAGCGGGUGCUGUAGCGAAACUGAUUGCAAAAGAAGGGAAAUCGGCCACAUUAAAAUUACCUUCUGGGGAGGUCCGUUUGAUAUCCAAAAACUGCUCAGCAACAGUCGGACAAGUGGGGAAUGUUGGGGUGAACCAGAAAAGUUUGGGUAGAGCCGGAUCUAAGCGUUGGCUAGGUAAGCGCCCUGUAGUAAGAGGAGUAGUUAUGAACCCUGUAGACCAUCCACAUGGGGGUGGUGAAGGGAGGGCCCCAAUUGGUAGAAAACAACCCACAACCCCUUGGGGUUAUCCUGCACUUGGAAAAAGAAGUAGAAAAAGGAAUAAAUAUAGUGAUAAUUUGAUUCUUCGUCGCCGUAGUAAAUAGGAGAGAAAAUAGAAUUUCUUUCUUCGUCUUUACAAAACAAAAAAAUAGGAGGAAGCUGUGACACGUUCACUAAAAAAAAAUCCGUUUGUAGCAAAUAAUUUAUUAAAAAAAAUAAAUUAAAUUCAAUUUGGGCGAACGACGGGAAUUGAACCCGCGCAUGGUGGAUUCACAAUCCACUGCCUUGAUCCACUUGGCUACAUCCGCCCCUCUACUAUUAUCUAGUAUUUCUAGAUUUUUCCAUUAACAGAAAAAAAAAGAGCAUAUUAUUUCUUUCUUAUUUUCUUUCUUAUUU